AUGGCUCGCGAAGUGAUCACAUUGGGUCCUCCGAAGCCGAGGAUGUGCAACUGGUUGAUGGUGGUCCUUAUCUUAACCGCCGUGAACUCGGUUUGUCUUUUAACAAUCAUUGUCAUCGUUUCACUCAAACCAAACAUUUCAAUUCCAUUUUAUCAAGCUGGUGAACUUCAAAAAGAGACUGUGCCGAAAAGCGAACUCCCAAAAGUGUACCCUGAGAUUUUGCUUCCAAAGCAAAAACUGCCUGACCAAUCGAUUCAAGCAUCAGAUCUCAUGAACGAUCCCGAAAUUGCAAAAAUCGGGGACGAUUUGGCACAAAAAUUUGAAGAUACCAUGGCGAUGUUGAUCAAAAACCGACUACAAGAGUAUCCAAUUGAUAAGUAUUACUAUGGUAACGACGAUGAAGAGACCUUUCCCUCGCCUGGAAAUACUUUCAAUGAAGAUCUCCGAAAAGCACUUGGAACGAUGAAAGUUAACACUCGGCCGAAAGUUGAGGAAGUUCGACAAGCGGUCACAGGGAGUUCGAUGGUGGGACAAAGAAUAUUUGAAUUAUCAACCACGACCACAACAGCACCACAAAUUUGUCCAGAGGCUCAAUCGAAGCUCUGUCUCAAUUGGCGCGAAAAACAAUUCUGCGCUAUUGCCGUCAAAUUCUGCGAAUCCCUAUGUGUGUGUGAUAAA